UCAGUGUACACUGGGGUUUCGAUAGGGAGGGUCGUGAAAAUGACCGGAGUGGACGAAAUACUAAAUUAUCAGAAAAACCCUGAAGACGACUUCUAUGGAUUGCUGGGUUGCGAUGAAAACUCCAGUGUUGAACAAAUAACUGCAGAAUAUAAAAUCCUGGCACUGCAGUGCCAUCCCGAUAAGAAUGAUGGAGACAAAGAAGCAGAAGCAAAGUUUCAAAAACUAAAGGAGGCAAAGGAAACUCUGUGUGAUCCAUCUAAGAGAGCUCUUUAUGAUAAGUGGAGGCAGAGCGGAAUCUCCAUGGGCUACAAACAGUGGCUCGGCAUGAAGGAUCACAUCCAGCAAUCUAUGCACUGGUCCAAACCCAACACUAAAGAUCGCAUGUUGGAAGACGAGUCCGGGCGCUCUUCUGGGCCUUCCAGCCUCGGCCCAACAAAUCCGGCUGCUCGCAGGGCUUCUGAGGGUGGUGCCGCUCUCUGGGGCCGCUGGGGUGGAGGCAACCAAGAGCCUCCAUCUGAAGUUAUCUCCAAAUUCCGCAACUAUGAGAUCUAAUCUCAUGCUGCGUUAUUUUUAUUUGUGAACAUGUUUAGUUAACGCAAGAGAUUAUUUGUGCCCUAAUCUCUUAGUGAAAAUUUUGUUGAAAUUUUAUUUUAGUUUAUGGUUGUCAAUCCCUUGCCAUUAUUAUUAGAGUAUUUUGAAUUUCAAUGUAUGUAUAAUUAGGUUAAUGAUUAGAUGGUAAAAUAAAUAUUUAAUGGGCACAAUAUUCAUCAUGUCAGCUCAUGGAACAACAUGCUCGAAUGUCACUCGAUAUUUAAAUGUUCAGUGUUUAAUGUUCUUAAAUUCUCAGUGUUUACUUAUCGGUGUUAGAACCCCAGGCUUAGAAGUAGGUAUUCUAGUAUGUAAAACACGUAGCCUACCCUUAGCUUUAAGCUACGCACAUUCCUAAAACAUAUGAGUCUGAUUAUUACAUUUCUGCUGCUGUACAAUCGAUAUGUAAAGUUUACAAGAAUCUCUAUUAUAUUUUGAAGAGUUAUAUUUUUGAUCCUCUUUAAAUACUAUUUAUCUUGCUAUAAGUAUUCAUAACCCUUUGUUUGGAAGGCGAAGAACUUGAAAUGUUGUGACUUAAGUACAGGGUAUUGAUGAGAGACGGAUAGAUUAUGUUGACGAUUUUUUUUUUUAUGUAACCUUGACAAAUCUACAACUGAUAUUAAAGUGCAUAUUGAUUUGAAUCUUCUCCAAUAAAUGUUUAGAUAAAUGUGAGCCCCAGGUUGCUAGAUAUAAGGAUUUAGAGUAUUAAUAUGUGUUAAAUGUUUUCAUCAGUAUUUACUCUUUAUUGGAUGUUUUGAAAUGUUUAAACGUUACAUUACUAGUGUAGUAGAUUUUAAAUCUGAUGUUUUUAUGUCUAUAUGAAUCUCUAAAUAAAUACAUUUUAUUUUUGACGUAAUAUCUAAAUGGAACAAUAAAAUUUACUUCAAGUA